GACCAAGGUAGCAAGUUUUAAAAUAUGUGCAGCAAUGUAGAAUUACAAAAGUUAACUUUAAAUAGGGUCACUGAUGACCCUAGUAUUGAUGCACAUACAGGUUAUCCUAGAAUUGAUCGGUCUAAUGAUAGAUCAACGGAUUACAAUGGGCGAAACGCGAAUAAAUUGCCGGAACCUGGUGUUCUCUUCUCCAGUGGUAGCACUGCACAUGACCAUAAAAACCUCUUAGUAAACCGGUAUACCAAAACCAUUGAUAAAAGUAACUUAUGCGGAGCUUCACCAGAUUUUCAUUAUGUGGAUGAACUUCGAUCAAGAGUUCCUAAUUCAAAAUAUAACGGCUCACGUCCUGGAGCAUUUUUUCCUUGGCCAAGAUACAUGGCAGGCGAAAAAGUAGAAAAACUUAGUCGAAGUUUAUCACCUAGUACUUUAAUCGGGAUUGAAAUGGAACGUCGUCCACCUACAAAUCUUCCAGGACCUAUUAAAAUGGCAUUUGGUCGUGCUGCUCCUGGUUAUUAUGCUCAAAGAUAUCCAAACGAAGAGACAUGGUUUAAUUCAAAUGUAUUGCAUAAUCGUGUAUCAAUACCCAGAUUUGGUUCACCAUCACGUACACUGGACGACUAUGAAGUAUGCGAUACAAGAUUAAAACAGUAUUUAUCUGAAUUGAACGAGUUAACAGAAUAUCAGGAUAAAUAUUUAGCACAUACGCCAUCAGUUAAAAAACCAGUCAGAUAUUAUUAGUUUCAGAAAAAAAAAAAAAAAACAAACGUAUAAUUAUUUUUAUUUUUAUAAUGCAUAAAUAGUUAAUCCAGAGAAAUAUUUAAUUUCUGUUAAAACACAUUAUAGCUUAUGUAAAUAGUCUAACGCAAAAAGAGAAACAUUGAU